GCAGGACCUCAGUGUGGCCGCCUCAGGGCACGUGACGUAAGGUAUCGCGAGCCGCUCCUCGUUCCUGAACAGGUGCAGGUGAUUGUCACACCGGAGCGUGAACCUUAAACUCCCUGCCAAGUGCCGAGAAGGAAACUUCACAUUGAAGAGUUACUUCCCUCAGUGUGUUUUAUUAGCUGGGUGUGAGCUGAGGUUGAAGACCGCUGCUGUCCGCUCCUGGGAUAUUUUCUUCUUUUAUAAAAAUGCUUCUUUAUUUCACGGAACGCAGAUCAUGAGCGAGGAGGAAGCCUUCCUCACGUUAUUUCCGUAUUCAUUCCUGACACAGAAUGACUGGCUGUGAUUGACGACUGUACCAUGGAGAUCCAAAAGAGAUUUUCUUUGUGUUGGCAGAGUUUUUCGGCCUGUUUUAAAAAAACGAACCAAUCUGGAGGUGAGAACAGGCGCGCCGGGAAAGACAUAGUCAUCGAAAACAAGGGCGCUGUUAAAAACGCACAGUCGGACGUGAAUCCCAGAAGGGCCUUACCAUCGCUCCCUGAGGAGAAGAAGGAGGUUUAUUACAUCGCCCAGUAUGAUUACUCGGCUCGCACUGAGAACGACUUGAGCUUUAAUGCUGGAGACACUUUAGAGGCUCUGGACAAAAGUUUUGGUGAUUGGUGGCUGGCGAGAGCCGUGACUGGAGUCUCGGCGACCAAACGGGGGUACAUCCCCUCCAACUACGUGGCGCCCGUGGAGAGCAUUGACGCAGAACCAUGGUAUUUUCCUGAGACCAAGAGGCAGGAAGCAGAGAAGAUGCUGUUGGCUGGAGGGAACCAAAAUGGUGCCUUCCUCGUCAGAAACUGUGAGAGUCAGAAAGGGGAUCUCUCCCUCUCAGUGCUGGAUGAUGGGAAGGUGAAGCAUUACAAGCUGAAAAAAACAGAUUAUGGUCACUACUUUGUGACGAGGAGCAGAACAUUUCAGACACUGAAAGAGUUAGUGGAAUAUUACUCUGAACAAUCUGAAGGUCUCUGCGUGCGUCUGGGUGAACCAUGCAAAAAGAUGGAGGCUCCACAGACUCAUGGUCUGUCAUACAACACAGUGGACCAAUGGGAGAUUGACCGCAAAUCCAUCAAGUUGCUGAGGAAGCUGGGAGCCGGACAGUUUGGAGAAGUGUUCGAGGGUCUGUGGAAUGACACCACACCGGUCGCAGUGAAGACCCUCAAACCCGGUUCCAUGGACCCUGAGGACUUCCUGAGAGAGGCUCAAAUCAUGAAGAGGCUGCGGCAUACUAAGCUGAUCCAGCUGUAUGCCGUGUGCACCAUGGAGGAUCCCAUCUACAUCAUCACAGAACUAAUGAGUAAUGGCAGCCUGCUGGAUUACCUUCAGAAUGACAAGGGCAACACCCUGCGUAUUUCUGACCAGACUGAGAUGGCUGCCCAGGUGGCAGCAGGCAUGGCUUUUCUGGAGUUGCAAAACUACAUCCACAGAGACCUGGCAGCCCGGAAUGUCCUGGUGGGCGAGAACAACACCUGCAAGGUGGCAGACUUUGGCCUUGCCAGGGUUUUCAUGAAAGAGAAUGAAAAUGUGUAUGAGGCCAAAGAGGGAACUAAAUUCCCAGUGAAGUGGACUGCUCCAGAGGCCAUCCAUGACAGCAGGUUCAGCAUCAAAUCUGACAUCUGGUCCUUUGGAAUUUUGCUGUAUGAGAUCAUAACAUUUGGACAGACACCUUACCCGGGUAUGUCGAACAACCAAGUGGUCCAGAAGAUUCUCCAGGGGUACAGGAUGCCAUGCCCCCCUAACUGCCCCAAAGUCAUGUAUAACAUUAUGUUGGACUGCUGGAGGGAGAACGAACAGGAGCGGCCCACGUUUGAGACUCUGCAGUGGAAGCUGGAGGACUUCUUUGACCUGGACGUAACCUCUUAUGACGAUGCCGCGCGUUAUUAGUGCACCAGCCAGACAAGUGGAAAGAAAGGGACAAAAAAAUAUUUUCUCUGCAGUGACUCAAGAUCAGAAUCACCUGAUUCCAAAUAUGAGCGUUCACUGAUGUUUUGAUGAAGUAAUUUAAAAUUCCACCCAUAAUGACCAAAUGAGAAAUCUGAAGUGUUUAAUCUGCAUGUGAUAGAAAACUGCUUGUAACUGACAUGCAGUAAAGAAACUUUUAUUACAGCAACAGUCGGUUGCAACAGUCCCAGCCUUGCUUUGUUUGACAACUAAAUGCACUUUCAGACAGGCUCCAUUACACAUCUAGCUGACCUCAUAGAAGAGACGGAAAACUGUUAAAGCUGACAUCUCGAUGAACCGGUUCUUCUUGCGCUCAGCAUAGCACACAUUCCUUCCUUUGGCUACCUGCCCAGCUAUUACCAGGAUGUACCUGAGACGAUUUUUCUAGUCAUGUUCACUUGCAAGUUGCAAUCUGUUUUGAGACUGAGUGAGUGGUAGGUACUACCAUCUGAACUCAUUCGUGACUGGAACAUAUCGCAGUCUGAAGUAAUACAUGAUUUAAAGGUAGGUGACAGUCUGACUCCCAACAGCCAGAAGGGCCCACUAAAUGAAAACACAAUAAGGUCAUAUCCUUGUUAAGAAACUACUGCUUCUCUUCCAACAAAACUAUUUCACUGUAGAGUCAAGUCCAUGCCUUCCAUGACAUAAUCAAAUUGUUUCACUUCAGGGUAGUUGCUUCUGCUGCAAAUCUGCUACUAGAGAGCUAAAAACAAAAGAGCACAGUCAGGUUUGUGCAGAGGCCUGCAGGUGUCACAGAAGGAAAAAAAAAAGAAAAAACAGCAACUGUGUUCACGGAUAACCCAGUUUGUCUCUGAACACUGACGAUGUGAUAUCAACAUGUAUCAGAUACUUGAAGUGGCGGUCAUUGCUUGCUGUCAGUUAGGUGCACAUAGACCACUGUGUAGCCAAGUGAUAAUAUAGUGCAAAAGUAAACCGUGGAAGCUGUUGGGUUGUAUUUGACUGUAAAUGAGCCAUUUGUUUAAUGUAGUUUAGUUUUUAUUUUUGGAUGGAGGUACGUGUACAUAUGUGAGAACCAUAUAGUAGAGAUAGUUUAUUAUGUUAAGUUGGGCUCACAAAUGAAGCAAUUUGAAAGCACAAAUGAUUAUUUUGAACAAGUUUUUUCUCCUUUAUACUUGCUGGGCCACACAGUUCUGGCUGUCCAUGUGUUUUUUGUUUUUUUUGUUUUUUUUUUCUGAGACUCAUAUAUACAUAUCAUAUAUCUGGUCUACAUCUGGUAGCCUCAUUGUAUCACUUUACCUACAGAUCUCCACUGUACUGCUCUAGAUGAAUGCAUCAUUUUGUUAGUCUUCCCCUGUGGGACUUGCAGCAUAAUGGCUCACUGACUGAAUAGUGUGACACUGGACUUAAUCCCUCCAUUUUUUAAAUGUUUUUAUUAUAAGCUGCAGAGCUGUUCUUCUGUGGCCACAACACUUAAAAGGUGGCCUGAUAUACGCCUUACAGAUAUACUUAAGUUGUUGGACCUGCUGCAUUUUCUCAUACUCUGAUGAUUUUUGUAUAUUUUUAAUGUGAACAAAUCUUGUUAAAUGUACAUUUAUAACCAUGGCAGUGUUUAUAUUAUCAUUGCUGUAUUUUGACAUGAUUAUCAUUUAAGCACAACCUAAUUAAAUGACUUUUAUUUACCGUGA